CUUUUAUCGCUAAUUUGAUUAGGUACGUAUUAUUGUCUCUGGUUGUAGUCCAUUUUGUAAUUGAAUCCUUAUAAUGCACUCCUUGAGCUUAAAUUUAAAUCUUGAUUCUUACCCCAAAAAAAAUUAAAUCUUGAUUCCCACUGUUUUCCGAACAGUUAAUUUAAGUAAUUAACGAGGAAAAACAUCAAAGAAACAAAAAAAAAAACGAGACCAAAAAUAUGAAGAUGACAAAGAGUUUGAAUAAAAUGGGGUAAAUGAGCUAACAUACGCCGACCUCCCCUAACAUCCACCCUGGGUGCGUACUUCCUUAUCCUGCACCGCAACCUCCCGGCCCAAACCGGCCUUUUCAGUAUGUACAAAAUACCUUUCGACGCUGCCUUUUAAGUCUUUAACGUACGCACCCAGCGCUCUUUAAGAAAAAUGGAAAAUUAAAAUCUCCACCCUGCUCAAAUAGAAAUGGAGCUGGCCUUGUCCCAUUUUUGUGUCUUAGCCUUCUUCUUCCUCUUCGCCGCGGCGGCGCCGCCGCACACGAUCGUGAACUGCAACCCGCAAAUGUUCGUCAAGCACGUGAAUCCACCUUCCCCCUUAUCUCCCUUCCCGUGCUUUACUACACUGCCGUUACCACCGCCGCUGACCACGCUGCUCCCGCCCGGCCCGCUGACCAUGCUGCUCCCGCUGCCGCUGCUGCUCGCCGGAUCGCUCCGGACCUCGCUCCCGGCGUAACCCGCCGGCAAUUCCGUCUGCCACCGCUCCAAUUUCGAUUGCAGGCCCUCGAUGCUGCUCUCCAGGCUCCACGAGCCCAUCUCGUCGCUCUCCGUCCCAUUCUCAGAUCUGUAAUUUAGGUUUCGGAACUUCGCCACCGUCGCCGCCGCCACCUCCGACGCCGACGGGCCCAGCUCCGAGUUUGUUAUCGGCGCGCGGCCCAUAUACGGAUUCUUCACCAUAGAGGAAAAUCCGUCCGAUGACGAGCUUGUAUCCGACCCGUGAAGGAAUCUCGCACCCGGCGGUAAGGGCAUCGGAUUUGGCUUGUUGUUCUUCAUCAAGCCGGCGACCUCCGAUUGGCUGCCUCGGGAUUCGGGCUGACGGGGUUUGUUGAAUUUGCCGUUCCGGUAACUCUCCAGCCCGCUCAACAUCGAUCCGGCUUUGGAUCUGCCGAUUUGAUUGUUCUUCCCCUUCCCCGUGGGCGGCAGAUCUAGGGUUGAGCUGGAAUCGCUCUUGGUCCGCCUCAACUCGGGGGUAGGGAUCCAGGGGAGAAAGAAUUGCUUCUUGUUAGGGAUUGAGGAAUACAAGCUGCUUUCCCCAUCGCUGCUGCUCUCAUCGUCGCCCUUCUUGCUGUUCUUCUUCUUCCCGCCCAUCAGAUCCCGGUACCCGACGGCGGAGGACCCGGAGUAGAGCGGCAUGCUCCGCAUCGAGCUGUCGAGCACGGCGACGCCGACGUUGAGGAGGCCCUGCGGGCGGCCCGACGGGCGACGGACCUGGAGCGCGAGGAACUUGUUGCCGGGUCGGAGGACCCGGUUGUUCGAGCGGGUCUGGUUCCGGGGCGGGGCGACGCUGCCGACGAGGACCCGGACCGUGCCGACGAGGACGUCGCGGAACCAGUGGGCGGCGUAGAUCUCGAUCGUGACGGCGGAGGUGUCGCUGUAGAGGAACUCCUCGUCGACCCGGAAGACGAACUUGUCGUUCCACGUGGGUCGGUUGUGGCCCAGUGAGUCGACCCGGGUGGAUAGCUUCCGGUUCGGGUGGACCCAGGCGACGGCGUAGGUCUUCAUCUUGCGGGAGGUCUGGUGGAGGUCCUGGCCGGACAUGAUUGUGAGCUCCAGGAGCUGGAACGGGUUCAAGAUCCGAGACAUGGCUGCGACGGCGACGGCGACGGCGGCGGCGGAGGCAGAUGGGAAUUUAAUUGAAUUAAACGAGAGGAUGGACGCCCUGGUCUCGCCGUCCGAUCAGAGGACGACGAGCGAAGGUGGCCAGGGGCAUCAACUGUGGGAAUCAGGUGGAAUGGGAAGGAAAGGGGAUGGGGAGGCAUUUUGAUGGAAAAUCUGGUGGUUGCCAUGGCUGUACCUUUUUUCUUCAUUUUUGGAGGUUUUGCUAUUUUUGGCGCGAACUUCUUGAAACCGCUCCUUUCUGGGCAAAGAAAAUUUGUGGAGAUGACGGAAAGUCAAAGGUCAAACGGUAUGAAUUCUUCUUAGUGGAUAUCCGGCCCAUGAAGGAAUUCUAAUCGGGCCGGAGAUAAGCCCGGCCCGUUGGACUGCUCUCACCUCCCAACGGAUAAGGCAUUCUUUUUCCCUCUUCCUCCACAAGUGAUCGAUUUCCGGAAAGCAUGGCGUCCAAAAUUCUGCCUCAAGCGCUGCUUACGAUUCCGAUAAACCCCGCCGCCGCGCAAUCUCCGCCGGCAAGGAGAUUGGGGUUUGCUUACUCGAACAAUCGCGCCGCCUUUCCCUCCUCCUCUUGCUGUUCGAUUGCUCGCAUUUCCGGUUCUGGGUUUUCUUCCAACUCAUUGGGUCUUGGUGAACUUGUCGCGGCAUUCGCCAGACACAGAGUUGUCGCCAGGGCAGAGGCGGAAGGAAGCAGCGGUGAGCCCGCGGGAGAAGAAGGAGCAGAGGUGCUUGCGGAAGCUAGUGAGGGUGUUGAAGGAGAAGAAGGGGAUCCCGUGGAGGGUGGAGAAGUAGAGAAAACGCCAUGGCAGCCAAGAGUCAAGCUUGGCGAUGUUAUGGGGAUAUUGAACAAGCGAGCAGUUGAGGCAUCAGAGCUUGAAAGGCCGAUUCCAGAUAUCAGAACUGGUGAUAUUGUUGAAAUCAAAUUGGAAGUUCCUGAAAAUAGGCGUAGGCUCUCCAUUUACAAGGGCAUUGUCAUGUCGAGGCAAAAUGCUGGCAUCCACACUACUAUCCGCAUCAGAAGGAUCAUUGCCGGCAUAGGUGUUGAGAUUGUCUUCCCCCUCUACUCACCAAAUAUCAAGGAGAUCAGGGUAGUUUCUCACAGAAAGGUUAGGAGGGCAAGGUUGUACUAUCUGAGAGACAAGCUUCCUCGGCUUUCCACCUUCAAAUGAAGACCAUCACCACAUCAGUCUCCCUUCUGCAGUUAUAUUGUUGUAGGUUCUUUCAAUCCUCCUCCUAUGCAAUCCCUGGCCUCCCCCCCGGCUUGUUUGUAAGAAUUGAGCUGUCCUCAUCUCCAUUUCAUUCUUUUGUCAAAGGAAACAUUGUUUUGUAAUGCCUGGCCGGUCGAAUCGACCUCACUGUAUGCAAAAGCAAAGAUCAUAUGCCAGAUUGCAGUUCCUGUAUAUCAUCUGAGGCUCUCUUAAUGUCUUGGAUCUGGUUUCCGUUUCUGUAUCCUUUUCCUCUCUUAACAGAGACACAGUCCGUCUUUGUCAGAGAGUCUACACUAAUCUAUCAAUGGCUGCUUAACAGGUGUAACCCUGCAGAAGGUUACACGUAUCUAUUGAUCUAAUGAUUAAUGAAAUGCAAUGGGUAAAAUAAUGGCAAAUCAGGAGGCCAUGCCAAUAGAAUAAUAAGACAAUGGGCGCCCAUAAAAUCAGAAUACCCUGAUCCUCCUUAACCUAGUUUGGUGAGCUAUCUAUCGUUUCAAGAACCAAACUAAAGUUAUCCUCUCAGC